AUGAAUGCCGAGCUGUGGGUGCAGUCACCACGUGUGCCAAACCGCACCGUGAACAUUUUGAGGUUUAGCAAACUGGUUGAUGAGAAGCAAUGGGCUGUGAUGGACGUUUCUGUUGAUGGCAUCCUUGGACGGGAAGUUACACCAGCUAGGUAUAUGGGCUGCAGGCUGCUUCCAUCUGGCUGCCUAAUUAAGGACCUGAGCAAUGGAUACUGCAAGGUCACAUGGAUUGUGCAUGUGGAGUACGAUGAGACCACCGUGCCAAUGAUGUUUAAACCACUAUUCCUCACCGGGCAAGCCCUGGGUGCGCGCCGCUGGCUCGCUUCACUCCAGAGGCAGCGUGAAUAUGCCGCUGCUUUGCACUCCAGCCGUGAUCUAGGCAACAACAACACAGGUAUCCUAAAGCUGGCGCAGCAGAUGAUGGCAAGCUUCUACACGGCUGUCUCUGGGCCUGUCACUCAGACUCAGGCAACGAGCAACAUCAACGAGUGGUUUGGCAGCAUGGGUACUGGCGUUGAGAGGCCUGAUGCACCUGUACGCAUGGUGACCUGGAGAAAAGCUGGCACUGCAUCUGGAGAACCCGCCGACUUGGUUCUUAGUGCCACCACCACGCUGUGGCUACCCAGCACUCCACCUGAGCGCGUGUUCGACUAUCUCCGCAAUGAGAAGCUCCGUGGCGAGUGGGAUAUGCUCACCAUUGACACCGCAGUGAAGGAGUUAGGCUACAUUGCCACGGGCCACCCUGGCAAUGUCGUGUCUGUCCUCUGCUCCAAUAUCACUGAUGGAACGAAAAACAAGAUGUUGAUCCUGCAGGAGGCACGCACGGACGUGUCAGGCUCCCUGGUGGUGUACGCUCCUAUUAGAGAGAACACCAUGCAUGCUGUCAUGAACAGUGGUAACAACACCUUUGUCUCCUUCCUGCCAUCUGGAUUUGCCAUCCUCCCAGAUGGCCACGGCAAAGCUAGCCAAGCUCUGGUCACUGCUGCAAGCACCUCCAGAGCUCCCGUCUGUCGCCACAAUAACACCGAGGGGUCUCUUCUAACCAUGGCCUACCAGGUACUGCUGCCUGACAAUCUCACCGCAGGGGCCAUGGAUGAUGUUGGAAAGCUGAUCUGCCAUGCGAUAAACAAAAUCAAGACUGCCGUCAAGGCUGACAUCAUCCUCCCAGCUUGAUGAGCGGAAUCGCUGGGGUGAGGUGGGAUGGCCAUCUGCAGUGGAAUGGACUAGAGGAGUCAAUCGUGCUCUAGGGUUUGCACCGGGUUUAGGGUUUCGGAUAGACCACCCCGUAAAUGCUGCUUUACUGUUUCUCAGAACUUCAUCAUCAUUUUUAUUUUCAGCCAUACUUAUGGGCUUUGGGUCCCGUUCUCAUGGAUUUAU